AUGGGCCUAUUCAACCGAAGGGCCAGAGCGGCCGCUGCGGAGAAUGAUACCGCUAACACCAAUGUCGCCGAAAAGCCCGAGGGCACCGCUGCUCCCGCUACGACCGGUUCCUCAUCUGCCCCGUCCAACGACGGACUUCUGCCUCAAUAUAACCACAAUGGUCAUGAAAUCACAAAGGGUGUCCAUCCAGACGGGGAGAGCGGUCGGAGUUGGGUUCACCCCAUUGAGAUGUUGAAGAUCAUAUGGAAGUCAUCCUGUACCGCCUCGAGCUGGGUCAACAUCCUGUGGCCAUUUGUGCCUGCGGCAAUUGCUCUCCAUUUCGUCAAGGGCAACCACCACUUAUGGACCUUCGCCAUCAAUUAUAUCGCCAUGGUCCCUUGUGCCAACUUGCUUGGGUUUGCAGGCCAGGAGUUGGCGCGGAAGAUGCCAAAGGUAGCCGGCAUACUGAUUGAGACCACUCUGGGCUCCGUGGUCGAGAUUGUGCUAUUCAUGGUCUUGAUUGCCAAAGAUGACGGCACUGGCGAGAUUGGGCACGGAAACAAAAUCGUCGUGAUCCAGGCCGCCAUUCUUGGGUCCAUUCUCACGAAUCUCUUGCUCUGUCUGGGAUGCUGCUUCCUGCUCGGUGGGCUGGUGCAUAAGGAACAAAAAUUCCAUGCCGUGAUCAGUGAAGCUGGGUCGGGAUUGAUUUUGGUCGCUGGAUUCGCCCUGAUGAUCCCCAGUGCCUUCUUUUCCUCGUUGAGAGGCAGUACGGUCCCAGCGGGCGAAGAAGGGUACACUGACGUACAGCUGCGGAGCGACACCCUUAACAUCAGUCACGGCGUCUCCAUCAUCCUCAUUGUCGCCUUCCUGCUCUACCUUGCGUACAAUGCCCUCUCGCAUGACAACAUCUUCCAAGAAGUGCUCGAGGCCGACGAGGAAGCCGACAUUGACAGACACCGCGACUUGAAGAAAGCGAAGCUAACCCUGUCCGAAUGCGUCGUGGCCAUCGUAGUGGCGCUGACGUUGAUUUCCUUGAUCGCGGUGUUCCUCGUGGAGGAGAUCGAGUAUGUGGUUGAGAACGGAGUGCCGGACAACUUUCUGGGACUUAUACUUGUGCCAUUGGUGGAGAAGGCUGCUGAACACAUGACUGCCAUCGACGAGGCGUAUGACAAUCAGAUUAACUUCGCCCUCUACCACUGUCUCGGACCCUCAAUUCAGACUGCUCUGUUUAACGCACCACUAGUCGUCAUUGUCGGCUGGGGCCUUGGUAAACCGAUGGAUCUCAAUUUCGAGAUCUUCAUGGUGGUGCUCCUGGUCCUGUCUAUCCUGGUGGUUGGUAAUUUCCUCAGGGAUGGAUCCUCCAAUUACCUCGAGGGCGGCCUGCUUGUGAUUGUAUACAUUAUCAUUGCUCUCACCGCCUGGUAUUAUCCGAAUGCCGAGUUAACAACUUCGAAUGGGCGUUCUGGCGGGACAGAAAGCGACGGUGGGGCGGAAAGCGGCACUGAGGCACUGGUUCAUGUCGCUAAGAUGCUCAUGAGAACUUGA